AUGUCAGCCCAAGAAGAAUUCGACCAGCUGGUGCACAACAACCGUGCCCUCACAUCAUCCCACCCCGAAGACCGCGACGACUCCCCGCACUUCUCCGACGACAACGACUCCCUUUCCUCCCCACCACGUCCCCUGCGCCAACGUCGCGUGAUCGACUCCUCCGACGAGGACGAGGAUAACACUGACAACAUGGUCUCCUCGCGUGGCAACUACCACGUCCCCAACACCGUCUUUGAAGCCAACACCGGUCCCAAGGGGGUCAUCGCCGAUGCCCAGGCCUUUGAGCGCGCCCGCAAAAAGUCCUUCCGCAAGACCCUCCUCAGUGCGGCAGGCUUCGACUCCAACGGUCCCGCCUUUGGCUCCAAUAAGGGGACUCGGGAUGAGACACCGGCUUCGGCACCCGAGGGAUCCUCGGGUAGUGAUGAUGACGAGGAUCGGUUCAUGCGCAAGUGGCGCACCUCGCGCAUGCAGGAGCUUCAGAACCGCGAUAUGCGGCGUCUGUCUCCACGUGGGCGGCGCUUUGGGUCUGUAGAGACCGUUGAUGCGGUGGGGUACCUCGAUGCGAUUGAGAAGGUUACCUCGGAGACUGUCGUGGUUGUGUGCAUUUAUGAUCCUCGCUCUGAUGACAGUGCCAUUGUCGAGGAAUGCCUCGUCACUAUUGCCCGCAGGCAACCUACUACCCGCUUUGUCAAGUUGCAUCAUGAAAUUGCCGAGAUGGAUCAUAUUCAGGCUCCUGCACUGCUGGCCUACCGUGGUGGGGAAGUCUUUACCACGAUUACGGAUAUCAUUCGCAACAUUCCCAAGGGCCGCAGCUGUAGUGCUGACAGUCUGGAAGACCUGUUGAAGCUGAACCGUGUGCUUUGA